GUGUUCGUGGGAGCAGGUGCGGUUUGUUCCCAACAACAACACGACGUCAUUUUCGAGAGCUGCGGUCGACUGUCGGACUUCAAACACAUUUGGAGUCUCCUUGACAGGAGGACAUUUUAAAAAAUAUAUUUUAUUUAAUUUGGUAAGUCAGUUAUUUUCGCGUAAAAUGUCAGGAGAGACGGUCAUCACGCUGGAAACGGCCCCGAGUUCAUUCCCCGUGGUUUUGAAGAAGAUUAUGGAAAUGCCCCUGCCGAACCUUCUGGACGGCUACGACGACACCGACAAGGAGAAGCUGUGUCUGGGAGGUAGCGGUGACCUCAGCGGAGGAGGGAGCGAUGUGUGUCCGUCGGCCGCCCUGACCCCCGCCAUCUGGGAGAAAAUCAUUCCUUAUGACGGCAAGAACUUCCACCUGGAGUACAUGGACCUGGAGGAGUUCCUCACGGAGAACGGCAUCCCCACCACCACCACCUCCACCUCGCCCGACGCCGACUCUCCAAAGAGCGACCGGGAAGGAGGCGCCGUGAAGACGGAGAAACCAAAGGUGCCGGUUUCCAAGCCAGCCGGCGUGGCCCCGCUGGGCCUGCUACCCAUUCGGGAAUUGGAAAAGUGUGAGGAGGAAGUGGUGAUCGUCACCGGGAGCGACGCAGACAUUACCUGCGACGUUACCGCAGAGGUGACCACGGAAGGUGACGGGGCGACCCCGGAGCCCGUCGACCCCGACGAGAUCGAGGUCGACGUCAACUACGAGCCGGACCCCACCGACCUGGUCCUGUCCAGCGUGCCCGGAGGAGAGCUGUUCAACCCUCGCAAGCACAAGUUCUCCGAAGACGAGCUGAAGCCACAGCCGAUGAUCAAGAAGGCCAAGAAGGUGCUGGUGCCCGAGGAGCAGAAGGAUGACCGCUACUGGAACCGGAGGAAUAAGAACAACGUGGCCGCCAAGCGGUCCCGCGACGCCCGCCGCUUAAAGGAGAACCAGAUCACUGUGCGAGCGGCUUUUCUGGAGCGCGAGAACGCGGCGCUGCGGACCGAGGUCGGCGAGCUGCGGAAGGAGUGCGGCCGCUACCAUAGCACGGCGGGUCGCUACGAAGCCAGAUUCGGACCGAUGUAAGGGGGCGUGGCAAGAGGACUAACUAUGGAUGCACAUCGUAGAAGACGGGUAUUGGACCCUUUUUGUUGUUUUGUUUUUCACCUGUUUGGUUCCAAAACCUUAUUUUGGGAGCAGAUCCUCCUGCAGCGCUGACAUGACGGUGUGUGUGUGACUGUUGUGUGUUCGGGUGGAGGUGGAAAGGAAGAGGGCGGGGGAUGGGGAGCGAUACCCCGACUCACAAAGAAGACCCUCCUGCUGAGCUGGGUUUGAGUAGGCAUUCAUUUUUUUAGAAAGGAGUCCCAACCCAGACUAGUGUUACACAUCAGACGUCAUCUAUCUACCGAGCCAUGUGACCGUGUGAAUAAUGCUGCCGCUGUUUAAUCCCGCCCCCCAUCCCCUCCCCCUUUGUCAUCCUUGUUCAUUUACAAGUGCGCUGCUGGAAGAAGACUAGUAGGAAAGCAGUUUUUUAAUUCAUUUUUGAGGAAUUAAUACAUCAAUUGAUGCAUGCAAACACUAGAAUCGAUCAGAGGAAGAAGAGGAUGAAGAGGAGGGAUUUGACUGCCGUUGCCGUGGAGAUGCAAUAGCAUGUAAAAAGACCUAAUAUGUAUUUUUUCAUUUCUCGAGAUUUUUCUUUUUUGUUGGGGGGGAUUUUAUUUACAACCCAUGUGAAUGAGAGAUAUUCAAGUGCUUCUUCAGUGACGUGUGUCAUGUUCUGUGUGCCUUUUGGCCAAAAGAGAUCAUUUGUGAUUGUUUAUUUUGGUAAAAACCGUGGCUUUUAAAUUGUGCGAAUAACAGAUGAAACUUUGGUAGCAAUAGUUUAGACUAGAAUAUUAAUUUAAGGUAUUCUAGAAACCAGGAUGUGCAGGUCGUUUCCACAUGUGAAUGAAGAGCUGAGCUUUUCUUUGCCCACAGAACACUUUUUAACUGCAGCAUUUCCAAUCAUGUCAUGUGACUUCAGCGGCGUCGCAGCCAUGUUCACUCGUCUCUCCGCUCAUCACCAGAAGCUCAGAGACACAGACUCUGCGCUCGCUGUCGCUCUCGUGCCGUUUUUGUCACAGAGUCUGAUCGUUGUAGCCUCAGAUUAUCACACUAGGUUUAAAAACGUUUUAUUUGCGCUGAAUGGGCUUUUAGAUCGUAUCGACAGUUUUAAAGCUUGUGUUGUUGGACAUUUAUCGACUUUUAGCACCCAACUUUUCUUAUGUAGGUGUGAACUGCCUUUUCUUGUGUCGAAGGUGUGAACGCUGGCGCUGUCUGUUGCCAGCAGAGAUAUAUAUAAUAUAUAUUUUUAUAUUUAAAAUGAACCCUGAGGCCUCAGUAACACUGUAUUGUGGUUUUACAGGGGGGCAUAUUAUGUAAGUUAUAACACCCUCAUAUUCUGACAGUCAUUUUGUUCUUUGGUUGCUGUACUUUGAACCAUACAUUAAAUAUUAUGGUAUUUUUCUUACACUACAACCAGCAGUAAAGGAGUCUUUAUCUUUAUUGUACUUCAUGCUUUAUUUCUGUUAAAGUUAACAGACGAAAGGCAAUCUUGAGUAAAACUUAGUCACGUUCAUUUUUAGAAUUUUACUUCCUGCAUCAAUGUUUAAAAGUCACAUUCUGCAUAAGAGCAUUUGUACUUUAAUAAAUGUAAUGCUUUCUGCAUCUGCCUUCGAUCGGGAACGUGACGAUUAAUAACAUUCAGGAAGGUGUCGCCUUCCUUCUGUCUUUGUAUUUGUUGUGAGGGCAUUUCAUGGCAUAAGUACGGCUACCUGUUGUCUUGUAAUACAGUAUAAAUAAAGCUUUGUUGAGAGUC